UUGCUCAAUUUUCUACCGAUUUUCAAACGGUUUGGGUUUUUACAAACUUUAUUAACGUGGCUAUAAUUCUGGAUGCUUUAACAUGUUUCAUGAAGUUAUUUUUUAUUUGUAGUAUAGGUAUGCAGUGUCAUAGGUACAUCCUUGACGUUUAUAACAAACCAAACCGUUUGAAAAUCGGUAAAAAAUUAAGCAAGUUAUGGUCAUUUAAAAGUACCUGCAUCAUUAAAACUCAAUGCUACGAGUGAGCGAGCGCCCUGUCGUAAGAUGGCCGCCAAAAUGCGGACGUUGCACUCAAUUGGCCAGCAGCGCGGACGAGCCAUCUAGCCUUUAUAUACAUAUCUAUGAUAUAAACAACAAACGCGAUGUGCCGGGAGCUCUGUGUGAUAUCAACACAGUGUGCUGUCAGUUGAAAGAUGGAAGUCCCCAGACUGAAGAAACGACCUUGGCGCUUCUGUGAACAUUGCAACACUGAACUGUGUCAUACACCACAGAAAGCGCUAUUUCAAAAAUGGAGUUUGGGAGAAAAAAUCCAAAAGGACUACGUCAGGUCAGAUAACGUACAGAGCCUGCUGCUAUCCAGUCAUGAACCCGCUGUGAGUGAUGUCCUGUCAUGUGUAAAGACCCGGAGGAUAACUUUACUGGAGUUAGAGAGAUUGGUGAAAGUGAAAUGCAAUCCGAGGACCCAGGAAAAAAAAGUGAUUGAAGAAUUUGAAGAAAUGCACCCAGCGAAUUGCAGUUCAGACAACGACAAAACAGCAGAUGAUCAAAGCAUUCAUCUUUUCCUGGACGUCUCCUGUUGUGUGGAUGACUAUGUGGAUGAAGAGGGGGAAAUCCUUGCUGAGGAGCAGAGUGAAGCCUAUCCUCACAUACAAGAUGGGGAGGAGCAUGGAAGUGAUCAGUCCAGAAGUGAAAAAACAGAACACUUGUUGAUGAAACUUUUGGCCAUGAUGAAAUUGACUGGUAUCCUCCGUGACGACUUCUUACAGUAUGUGGUUUGUCCAAAAUGUAUGACAGUGUACAUGCUUACUGAAACCUAUGAGCGCAGACGGGAUGGUACAAAGGUUUGCAGGACUUGUGGUCACAUCCCGUUUUACAAUCACCCACAGCAGAGGUCUGCAUUAAGGAAGAAAUAUGGCUCUGCCUUGCUAAGAUAGGCUACAUAUUCGAGCGGUGAAGAGUAUGUCCAUCCAAUACGUUCUUACUGUUACAAGAGUGUUGUGCAGUCUCUGGGAGGACUUGUUAAAAGACUUGGAUUUGAAGAGAAAUUAGAUGAAAGGCGAAAGCGGGAACUGCCAAAGGGUGAGUUAGAUGUAAAUGAUGGACAAGUAUGGCAGGAUUACCAGUAUGUGAAUUAAAUAAACUGUAGUCAUGCCACUAUGCACAGUAUUUGAGCUGUGAUGUAAUUGCACAAGUUACCUUGCUUCAUUCCCAUCCAGACAGACAUUUUGUUGUUUGACAUGUUGUUUGAUGGUGUUUGCAUAGAAUGCACAAAUUGAGCCUGAUUAAAACUCUGUUAAAACAAUUAAAAUUGUUGAAAUAAAUAGUUUGGUGUAUCUUUUUUACCUAACAUUGGUUAUUGCUAAUUACAUACAGAGUAAUUAAUAUACACUGUAGCCUGGAGAAAUUGAAUCUACUUAAAGGGAUAGUUUAAAAAUUAUUAGGAAAAAAUAUUUUGUAAGUAUUGUGAUAAAUGGUGAAGAAAAGUUUGAUAAAUGAUUGUCAUUAAACUUAAAGUUGAUUUUGAAUUACUCUGUCCAACAUCUCCACUUAGUUAACUGAGUUGAAAAAAAUUAUAUUUUUAAUUAAUGUAUAAUUAUAAUUCUCUUAGUGUUAUAAAUGGUAUUAUAACACAAAACUCAUGACUUAGUCAGUCAUUAAAUAAACUUGAUUCUCCACUGAAACACAAUACAAUACAAUGUGUUGUUUAUGUCAAUAAACACUGAUCACCUGAACGGGGACUUUCAUUUACAAAAAUGGUAAUUUAUCAUUUUAAACUAAACAACAUGAAUAAUAUUAGAGCAUAAACCUCUAUGACAUUUUAACAAAUAUUUAAGUAGUUAAAGUUCUUAUUAGUUCUUAAUUCUGUAAAAAAGCUUAAAUAAUCGUAAUAUUUUGAGACAAAGGAUUAUGGGUGUUCCUUACAACAUUCACUUGAAUGUUUUAGUUUAAUUAAUUUUAUACACUUAAAAGUUAUAUGAACUAAGAUUUUUUAAGUAAAUGUCCACAACUCAAAAUAUUAAGUGAUGUUUACAUCAUGAAGACAAUGUGUUAACAGUGUAGCAUACUUUAAAAAUAAAUAAAUUCAAACUAAAAUUUAAGAGUCUGUAAUUUGGCUUUACUGAUACCAAAGAUUUUCUUAAAAUCAAAGUUUAAAACCUCUCAGAAUGUCACCUGAGUAAAACUCCCCCAGCUGCUACCCUGAUUUGCAUUUGUAUAGCUCACAGCAUGUUCAUUUACAUGUUAAAGCCUCCCCUAGAAUUAGGGGAAGGGGGGACAACUUCCAAGCAAGACCCACGUCAACUUCUGACAACUUACGGCAGUUUUCGGUGUUGGCUGCAAAUUGUCGUGCGCAGUCGUAAACUUGGAGUUUCACAGCAAUCUACAGUGCCACAUUCUGACGAAAAUUCCACUUUUCAUGCAGUG